CCUGCUGCGCCGUCGGGGGGUGUGGGUGUGAAUCCGAACGAGCCGGCGCCUGAGUUUAGGCCGUGGAGUGACUUUGAUUUUCAGUCUUUGAAUUUGGGGUUGAACCAGGAGUGGAUCGAGUUGGAUCUGUUUCACUACGGCUUGGCCAAGUUCUCGAAGGAGCAGUUUUACGAGGCGGGGCUUAACGACGACUAUCAGUUUUUGAUCCAGUUUAUGGCGGAUCAGGAGGUCGGGCACUCGACGAUGUUUACGAAUAUGCUUUAUCCUUACGGCGCGAAGCAGUGCGAGUACCAGUAUCCGUUCAACACCGUCCGCGAGUUCAUCGACUUCUGCCAAAAGCUGACGCGCUGGGGCGAGUCUGGCACGUACGGCUUCCUGCCGCACCUCGAUAACCGCGCGCCGGCCGAGUUGAUCAUGAACGCGAUCGCAACCGAGGCGCGGCAGCAGAUGAUCUUCCGGCAGUUUGAGGGCCUGUUCCCCACGACGCUUUGGUUUAUCCCUGGAAUUCCGCAAGCGUGGCAGUGGACGCUCCUCGCCCCGUAUGUCAAGUCGUGCCCGAAGGAGAAUCCGUAUAUCAAGUGGCAGAAUUUCCCGGCGUUGACUGUCGAUAACAACCCGGACGCGGUGAGGUCUGGGAGCAAAGCUCUUGUCUCGACCAAUAGGACACAGUUGUCGCAUGUCGACAGGGAAGUUAGUCUUACGUGGGAGUCUCCGGGAAAGACAGUCGGUCCCAACGGUAGUCAUGUUACAUCGACGUCCGCUGGUCCUCCGAAGUUCGCGCUCUGGGUUGAUCAGCUCAACGCUACGUACACGCCCUUGGUUGAUAUUAACGGCACCAGCGCGUGCACGAAGCAGCCGGGCGGUAACGUAUAUGGCGGCCAUACGGCGUACCUCUGGAACGACACCAUGUUCAUCGCGGUUACCGAUAGUAACCCUUACGUGACGCCGUACAACCUGUCGAACAUCAAUUUACACGUCGUUGCUGGUCCUGCCAUCUACCAGGCUGGCUGA